AUACAAAAUAGCUACAUUCUUGCAAAACAAAAUGUCAUGAUACCAGGUGAUAUAAUCUAGUGGUUAUUGGUGUGUUAUGGAAACCCUCAGUGAUUAUGAACAGCCUUAAAUGCUUCUAAGAAGAUAAAUCAGGAUGGGUGUCGACUCAACAUCCGAAAGAAUUUCAAACUCGAAUUACGAAUAUUUAUUAAAUUCAAGCACUUACCUCGAAAACUUAUGUUGUCUUAGUGAAGCUGAAAAUAUAGAAGCAAACAAUAAUCUUAUCGAAGGCCACGCAUAUUUAGAAUUGGAGAAGAAAACAAUGUUUCCCAUAAACACUACGGAAGGGCAGAAGUUGCGUGGAAGACGAACUGUCACACCAGCUGUCAAUACUUCAACAGUCAUCUCAAGCUAUGCUCCACUAGAAUACAACUACCCUUUAACCCUAAACGAAUGCUUCCCAAUACCAACCCCAUUCUGCUUACCUGAAAUCCCAAUAGUGAACCCACCGCCAAUAUUCCCUCAAAUUUCACAAUUCCCACCCUAUGUAAUACAUCCGGUAAUGCCUGUGAUACCGACGACGUUUGUGCAAGAAGACAUGAUGAAUUUCAAUGUCUCCGAUUUUAUGAACAUGUAUUGUAUGUUAGACCCUAGCAGAGUUAACACAGAAGCAACUAAACCGGGUUAUUAUAUACAAGAACUUGAUACAACCUUUAAAGAUGGCAAAGAAACUGAUGCAAGUUCUAUAGAAAAUCAAGCAAGUCAAAGUGAUCCUUUAGAUCAGUACCUAUCAUUACCGAGACAAUUAUUUCCCACUGCUCGAAUGCUUGCCCUAGACCCGAACCCGAUAAUAAACGAAUUUUGUAAAAUGCCCAACAUGUUACAGCACACACCUUGGCUAUUGGAUUUGGAGUUUGGUAUUCCCAAAUCUCCGGUGACUCGGCCAAUCCCGAUCUAUAAUGUCAAAUUUAAUAGCAUACAUUGCAAGAAUACUCCGAAUGCCAUCCAUCCGGGUUUCGAAAUGUGUGAUCCUGAUUUCAAGAAGGUUCUAUUGUUUUAUUACGACUUUAUUGUGUCUGCUUGGUAUAGAGGAUACGUUAUUGCAAAUAGUGAUCGAUCGGUCGAGAACUUUCAGACGUGGCUGUUAAAUGCGAUGCGGGUAUUAGGAAUGUGCUGGCCUUAACGCUUGCUGCAUGCGAAACUAAUUGUGUAAUAUUUUUUAUUAAUGAUAAUCUUAUGAGUUUUUGCUUUGAAUAAAAUUUUAAUGCUUUAUAGUAUCCUU